UUUUUUUUGUAGUUCAGCAAACUCUACAAUGUCUAAUCUUUUACAACCAUUAUACACCAAAGUGACAAAGACCAAGAAACGAAAGAAACAGCCUGUUAUUAGUUUACCAUCUAAUGAUCUGAUCUCGCUUUCAGACAACGACGACGACAAUGACAACAAUAUAGUACCACCAUUCAAAAAAUUAACCACCAAAUCUACAUCCAUCUUGGGACAAAUAGCAAAUACACCAGAAGAACAGCGAAGAAGGGAAUUACGAUCACAACGGUUUAUGCAGGACAAGGUUGUUAAGAAACAGGACGACAACAAUAUAAUUACUAUAGAGGAAGGAAGUGAUGUUUGGCAAUUUAAACCUGUUAUUGGGACCAGUACUGAUAUUGAAAAACCAUAUUUCCGUUUGACAUCAGCAGCAGAUCCACGAACGGUACGACCAUUAUCAAUUUUAAAAAAGACAUACAAACAUCUUCGUAAGAAAUGGCGAAAGGAGCAUAAUUACUCUUAUAUAUGUGAACAAUUCAAAUCAAUGCGGCAGGAUUUGACAGUACAAUGUAUCAGAAAUGAAUUCACGGUCAAAGUUUAUGAAACACAUGCAAGGAUUGCUCUGGAAAAGGGUGAUUGUUCUCAAUACAAUCAAUGUGGUAGUCAAUUGAAAUAUCUUUAUGAUCAAGGCAUACCUGGAAAUGUGGAUGAAUUUACAGCAUAUCGAUUAUUGUACUUUUUACAUACUCAAAACUGGGCAGAUAUCAAUUCUUUAUUAGGAGAAAUCAAGAAAAAAGGGAAUCAUCAAUCAGAAUGUGUCAAUCAUGCUUUACAAGUCCGAUCGGCUAUAGCAACAGGAAAUUAUCAUCGACUUUUUAAAUUAUAUGAAGAAGCACCGAAUAUGGGUGGUUACUUGAUGGAUCAAUUUAUUGAAAGAGAAAGGAUACAAGCUCUAAUAAUACUUUGUAAAUCAUAUCAAUUAGGUAUUCCUGUUGGAUUUAUUGUACAAGAAUUACUGUUUAACAACGUCAAUGAACUUGUAUCAUUUUUCAAUAAACAUGGAAUAUCUAGAAUUCGUGGCACUCAUACCAUUGAUACCAAGGCAACGUUACCAAAACUACAGGAAGCAAGUAAAAAAUUCAGUCGGAUUGAUAUAAAAGGGCAAAUCUGAUAGUCACGAUUUUUUUUUUUUUUUUUUUUUUUGGAAUGAAA